AUGUCCUCCAACCCGUUUCGUAAAAAGGCUCUUGGAACCAUCGACACGGCCCGAGCUAGCUCGCCCAGGUCGAGCAUGCGCAGCGAAGACGUCCAGGCCGGUAACAGGAAGAGCAAGCCCACGAAAAGGGUCCGGGUGCUCUCGCCGCCGCCGCUGUCACCCGAUUCUCCCGAGUGGCCGUUCAAGCCGGUGCCGCCAUCUGACGACGCCUACAGUAAUUCCAAUUAUCUACCGAGCUUUGAUCCGUUCAAUGGUGCCCUGACGGACGAGAGCGAUGGCGAGGGCAUUACCACUCCACCGCCGGGCAAAUACCAGCAUCCGCUCCAGCAGCAGGACGGAAGAUCCGGCGGCAUCCCCACGAAUCCGUUCAACAAGACGCUACAGGACACGACCAGCCCCAGGGACCCGCAAAGGGAGAGCAAAGAGGAAGGAGAGGCACUGAAAGCUGCCAACGAGGGCCGCAAGUCCUUGAACGUUGAUUCGUUCAAGAGGCUGCUCAUGACGGGAGAUGCGGGUCAUGAUACUUUCCCUGCACCAACAGAUGCCGAGGAGGAAGCUAUCAAGAACAUGCCAUCUACGACCCAGACGGAUGCGACGGCCAGGAACCACGCGUACCCAGAGAGCUCGGUGGACUCCUCAGACGAGAAUGAGGACCAGGAAGAAUCAAAGACACGUAUUGUGCCAUCACAACCCCUGAGCAGGGACAAGAAGGCGCCGCCGCCUCCACCAAGCUCCAGACACGGGAAGUCACUCAAGCAGCCAGAAUUGCAAGAUGUAAUGGAGGAUGAUGGGAUUACAACAACGUUGCCAGCAGGGAUAAGCAUGGACCACGACGAACCACCACCACCCAGUCCCGAAGCCCCAAACGUGGCGGGGGGAGAAGCAGAUGCUGGACCGCAAACCGACUCCAACCCGAUUGUCUCGGGCACAAAAAGGCCAGCGCCGGCACCACCUCCGCCGCGCGGCCACGCAAGGACAGACAGCAAAUCCCACGACAACGAGGCUCCUCCGCAACGGACGUCCCCGGACGGCAUGCCCAACAGAUCGGACAACACCCGCUCAACCGGACCUGCUCCGGCGCCCCCUCCGCCUCGACGACCCCAUGCCACUCCCAGACAGACGGGAACCUCGUCGACGAGCACGACAUCCGCCAGCGCCAUACUGGCAUCCUCCUCCACGGACCAAGUACAAGACGCCUCUCGAUGCUCACACGACGGCCCAACUCCCAGCAAAGCCUCACCCGCACCGCCUCCCCCGCCAGCGCGCCAGCCUUCCGGCCGCCGACCGCCCAGCGUGACCGGCGUCGAUGCACCAAGCCGGCGAGUCUCCUCGGAGAACAAAUCUCGCGACGGCGUUCCGCCCCCGCCCCCUCCGCCACGACACUGCGGGAAUAGUCCCAACACGGACGCGCGGAACGCCAGCAGCGAAUCGUACGUCGCCGAUCCGAGCAAGAGCGCGGACAUCCUGGCGGAUCUGGACGCUUUGCAGAGGGAGGUUGAUGCAUUGCGAGGCCAGAUGAAAUAG